AUGGAACAACAGCAACUAGUCACGAUGCUUUCCAUGGAGAAACUCUUUUUCUCACCAAAGUCCGUCAAAUCGCAUCCAAAACGACAUUUGAUCGCCAAUAGUCUUCACAAAUUGUGCGAGGAUGAGAAAAUGUCCGACGAUGUAUUUGCUUUGACAAUGAACAUAUUCGAUCGAUUUGUUGCCAAUCAUUCGUUAACAAAUGAUAAUCACUACUGCGAACUAAUUGCCCUAUCCUGUUAUAACCUGGCGAAAAAACUUCGAGCGAAUAUUUUAAUCAACAAAGAAAACGAAAUCACAUCACUGAUAUUUCAAGAGAAGAAUUACCAAGAACACGAGAUAUUCGAUGCGGAACAAUUGAUCAUCGAAACAUUAGAUUGGGAUCUAUCGGCAGUUGUAUCAUAUGACUACAUUCCAUUCUUAUUAUCAUAUCUUCUCCUUCCUGAAAAUGAUCUCAUUAAACUGAAUCUACAUGUUCGAACUCUUCUCUCAUUAGCAAUAUGCGUGAUUAAUACUUUAACGAUUUUACCGAGUGUUCUUUGUUGUGCUUGCAUACGAGAAGCAAUCAAAGGUCUUUCAAUUCUCCAACUUCAUCCUGUUGACGAAUUGAUCUUACAGAAUGUUCACUGUAAUAAAGCUGAUCUUAUUCAUACUCAAUGUUUAAUUGAACAAAUCUUUCAAUCUUGUCUACAAGCAAUUCGACCCUCACCUCCCCGACGUUGUUUGGCGCCGAUUGACACCAGCAACAAACCAAAUGCUAGCCCGCGUGUGAAAUGA